GUCAUUGCCGGUGUAAUGGCAACUCCUUUCCCACAAUCGGAUAAUACUACAGUCAGUGAAUCCAUUGAGGUUUGUCGCCCAAACUCAUGUGGUUUGAAUGCCGAAUGCCGAGUCGUUAACCAUAAUCCAAUUUGUACUUGCUUGCCUCGAUACACGGGCAGCGCUCUCGUUAGUUGUCAUCCAAUUGUUGAACAAACGCCGCCGUUUGUUGAAGAAGAUUAUGUGAACCCGUGUUUGAGCUCGCCGUGUGGCUCGAACGCUGAAUGCCGUUUUAAUGGAAAUAAUUACACUUGCAAUUGCUUGCCUGAUUUCAUCGGUCAAGCUCCCAAUUGCAGACCUGAGUGUGUGAAAAAUUCGGAAUGCGCCAAUCACCUUGCUUGUGUCAAUCGACACUGCAAAGAUCCUUGCGCGAACGGAGUGUGUGGCCAAAAUGCCGAGUGUCAUGUUGUCAGUCAUACACCGAUUUGCGAAUGCUUUAGAGGCUAUGUUGGCGAUCCAUUUGUUCAAUGUUCGGUCAAAGAAACUCCAAUUCAUUAUGAUCAAAUCAAUCCGUGCUCUCCAAAUCCAUGCUCAGCGAACGCUGUGUGUCGAGAACAAAACGGCGCCGGCUCGUGUCAAUGUUUGCCAGAAUAUAUUGGCAAUCCAUACGAAGGUUGUCGACCAGAAUGUACAUUGAGCACCGAUUGCCCGUCAAGUAAGGCGUGUGAGAGAAAUAAAUGCGUUGAUCCAUGCCCCGGAGUGUGUGGUGUUCAGGCUGAUUGUCAAGUGAUGAACCAUUUACCAACUUGCGUAUGCCGACCUGGUUUCACGGGAGACUCUUAUCGAUACUGCUCUCCCAUUAUUCAACAAGCUGAACCAACUGCUCCUGAACCAUCCAACUCUUGCCGUCCAAGCCCGUGCGGCCCUAACAGUCAAUGCAAAAAUAAUAACGGCGUUUCGAAUUGCUCAUGCUUGCCUGGUUUUGUUGGAAAUGCUCCAGCUUGUAGGCCAGAGUGUGUCCAUUCGAUAAGGCUUGUGUUAACCAGAAAUGUGUUAACCCUUGCUCGAAUAUCUGUGGAUCAAAUGCUGACUGUCGCGUGA